CUGGUUGGGAAUCACUGUUAUAACACUCUGUUACUGUUUCAAUAUAGCAUUUCAGCACAACUGACGUGCCCAAGUGAGUAAUCGAGAGAAGAAUCUGAUGAUGGAUGACAACAAUCCCAAUCAUGCUCCAGCAAGGUAUGAUAAGAGAGGCCAGUGGGCCAACAAGAUUGAGUUCAUUUUGGCAAUAGUUGGAGAAAUUAUUGGUCUGGGCAAUGUCUGGAGAUUCCCGUAUCUAUGCUUCAAAAAUGGAGGAGGAAUUUUCUUGAUUCCCUAUGUUUUGUUCCUGUUCACCUGUGGAAUCCCCAUCUUCUUUCUGGAAAUAUCUCUGGGACAGCUAACUGGGCAGGGUGGAAUCACAUGCUGGAGGAAAAUCUGUCCUUUAUUUGAAGGUAUAGGCUAUGGCAGUCAAGUGCUUGUUUUAUACACUGAGAUAUAUUAUAUCAUCAUCCUGGCUUGGGCCUUCCUGUUCCUCUUCUCCACCUUCCACUCUGUACUCCCCUGGGCCAGCUGUAACAACACCUGGAACACAGAGGACUGUGUUGACCAUCGGCUGAAUCAUGGCAACAUUUCUCAGAAUUCAACUUCUUCAGUUGAAGAAUUCUGGCAGAGGAGAGUCCUGGGUUUGUCCCACGGAAUCGAGGAGAUGGGCAGUAUCCGCUGGGACCUGGUUGGGUGUCUUCUGCUAAGCUGGAUUGUUUGUUACUUCUGUAUUUGGAAAGGAGUCAAGUCUUCAGGAAAGGUUGUGUACUUGACAGCCACAUUUCCUUAUGUGAUGAUAUUUGCUUUGCUGAUCCGUGGUAUAACACUGCCAGGAGCCAUAGAUGGUAUUCGAUUUUACCUCUCUCCUGAUCCAACGCGCCUGGCCAGUCCUCAGGUAUGGAUGGAUGCUGGGAGUCAGAUAUUAUUCUCCUAUGCUGUCUGCUUAGGCUGUUUGCCGGCUUUGGGAAGCUACAACAGAUACAACAACAACUGCUACAAAGACGCAUUUUUCCUGUGCCUGUUGAACAGUGUGACCAGCUUAGUCUCUGGCUUUGCCAUCUUCUCUGUCCUUGGCUUCAUGUCUUAUGAACUGGGUGUCGAUAUUGCAGCAGUGGCUGAAUCAGGUCCUGGUCUGGCUUUCAUUGCCUAUCCUCGGGCAGUAGCCCUGAUGCCUUUGCCCCAACUUUGGGCUGCCUUCUUUUUCAUUAUGAUAAUCUUCCUGGGGCUGGAUAGUGAGUUUGUGGUUCUGGAAGGCCUGGUCACAUCCAUAUCGGACAUGUAUCCGUCCUUCUUUUUCACUGGAUAUCGACGUAAAAUACUCCUGUUGGCCAUCUGUUUUGUAUCCUUUCUCAUUGGUCUCUUUAUGGUCACUGAGGGAGGACUUUAUGUCUUCCAACUUUUUGACUACUAUGCCUGCAGUGGAAUUCCUUUGGUAAUUUUUGCCAUUAUGGAGUCCAUUUGCAUAGGAUGGAUAUAUGGUGCUGAUCGUUACUACGUUAAUAUUACGGAUAUGAUUGGUUACUGCCCGUCACCUUAUAUGAAAUACUGUUGGAGAUUCAUCACUCCAUUUGUAACUACAGGCAUAUUGCUCUUCUCUCUGGUAAAAUUCACCCCCCUGAGAUACAACAACACCUACCAGUAUCCCUGGUGGGGCCAUGCCCUCGGACUGUUUCUUGCGUUCUCUUCAGUCCUCGUAGUACCACUGUGGUUGCUCUACAGUCUGGCUGUAACUCCUGGAACACUGAGACAAAGACUACAAGUGGUGACGACUCCAGCAGAUGACCUGCUCAGAGCACCACUGAGGAAAACUCUCAACUCGGAAGCAUGUCCUUCCUACAAGGAGCUUGAACUGUGUGCUCUGAACAAGGCUUAA